AUUCAAUGCUAUUUUGUUAAUCAGAAUGAGCGUGGUUUUGUCAUUGCAAAAUGGGUCAUUUGAAAUUCCAGUGCCUUUUCUGCCCUCAACUGCACUCAUGAAAUUUCAAUUUCAAUCAUCAAAUUCAACCUUCAAAUUAAAUUAAAUACAGAAACAUACAGGUGUACAAUGUAUAGUUGUCCAAGCUAUGACAAAAGGUAAUUGUAACUGGAGGAAAACUAAUUCCCAAAUAUAGCUGUGAUUGGCUUCAGCACUCACACAACCCUUGUGAGGAUAAGCAGCUCAGAAAAUGGAUGGAUGUUUUAGACAACUUCUACAUGCUUUAUUGUUAUGUUAUGUUAUCACUAUUAGUGCUGUGUGCGUGAUUCUUGGUGCAGUUGGACAUAUUUAAUUGUUUUGUUUUCUUUCUGUCUGUCUCACUUUGAUUUGAACAAAAUGGAUUUUAGUCUGGGCUUCGAAAAAAAGCUUUUCCAAAACAGUUGUUGUCAGAAAUGGGAUUCCAGGAUUGAUCGUCGAUCCAGAAGCUCUCCGGACCAGUGACUGAUCAUCCGGGACAAGCACGUUAGUCCUGCCCUUACCCAAGCAUUAGAAUGAGGGACUACGCGUCUCCUGUCCUAAGUCGGCCAUCACCUCGGGAUUCCAAACAAACCAGAACAGAGUACUAUGGUUUGCACUGUUUGAUGAUGCUGAUAUAAAUUCCGAUGAAAAUCAAAGCAACCGCCGACAUGGUCACUAUUUCCAUGACAACCCUCAAAACGAUACCCACCCUCGCCAUCAAAUUCUCCAAACUCCUCAACUCAAAGAGGACGAAAAACUCUACAACCACGGCACUCCUGUAACUUUAUCUAGAGCGUCAUCUUCUUCCCUUUCCUCAUCCUCUACUGUCUCCUCAUCAUCCUGGUUUACUGAGGCGAGUGUAAACGAUCCUUUCUCUCUCCGUUACGCCGACCGUCCACAGCAUUCUUUCUCCUGCUCCAAUAUUGCGGAUGUACGCAGUGCUUUUCGGGAAGAUGACAACAGUGAGCCUGUUGUCUUUGCCACCGUUAUGCAUGGUGACAAUGGCAGUGCUGUUGGUGGUCCCGCACAUGGCAGCACAAAACAAAGCCAGAGGGGUGUUUUUUCAUCCCUGGACCGAAAUCACAGCAGAAGUGAGGAGGGUCUCUUGAAGAGUAGUGAAGGCCAAGAUGGCAAUAAACAAUCCAAGGCACCAAAUAGUGGGAAUCUGUACAAAACCUCUAGUUUGAAUCGAAGCCUAACUUUCAGUGAUGAAGACCUUUUGUUAGGAAACUCUAGGGGACCAAAGAGAGCAGUGUCAUCCAGCCAGCUUCCCAGCAAAGGAAUCCUGAAGAAAAAGGACCCUCAAGCUGACAUACGCAAAGCUAAAUCGAUGGAGGUAAUAUCACCAAGAGUUGCCAAACGACAGGAUCCCAGUGCCGGUGGCCAGAAGGGGAAAGGAAUCGACCACGGUGAGAUGGACCGAGUUAAGGCAAAUUUCCUACAGGGAAAGUUACAGUUCUCAGCUUUCCUGGAUGAGAUAACAAAACAGGUAAUAAGUCCAUCCUAUCUCACUAUACUGGGUGUGAACAAUAAAAAAGUGGCCAGCAAGACUUGUGCACCACUUCAAACACUUGACUCAGGCAAACCUGAACUUCCACCGAAGAAGCAUAGGAAAAGUUCUGGCGUAGAGAGAGAACAGUAUCCUAAGCAUCACAACAGGCAGGAUAAAAGUGCUCGUGGCAUCUUCCAAAAACACAGAGACAGCUCCAACCCGGACAAAUUAAUUUCAUAUGCGACAAGGAAGCACCAGGGUAGCCCCCCGCCUCAUCACUACACCUACUCCCCCAGACAUAAUGCUUACCAUGGAAGCGGCCGUAAAGAAAAGAGACUGCCAACCAUUGGUGGCUCUCUGUCAGAGGACAGGUAUGACAGAUGUGGUUCCCACCUAACAGACGGAACCAGCACUAGCCCUGAACUGAGCCAGCCCAAAAUGCGGCCCCACUGCAAUGAACAGACCCAUACCAUCUACAGUUCACAUACCCAGCACUUCCCUCAGCCUCAGCCUCAGCACAUGCACACCAGUGCAAGCCAACAAGGGACAAAGACUUCCCCACCAUCCUCAGUUCAAGGUGCAAGAGUAGGCUGCGGAUCAGAAUCUUUAUCCAGCAAGUCUGACUCAUCGAGGACCCGAGACACAGCCUCCACAACUACCAGUCACAGCUCAGAGCAGUAUGAGAGACACCAUUCAGAGCACGUGGGGAGCUCCAAACAAUGCAUAGACAGACUCUGUCAUGCUGAGCAGCUUCAGGUGCUCCAGGAGGAGAAUGCUGACCUUCACCAGAACUUGCUGCAGACAGUGGUGUGCAUUGAAAGCCUGGAGUCGGAGCUGCAGAGGACAAGGGAUGAGCUCACUCAUGUCAAAGACAAAUACAAAAGCCUCCUGGAGACACACACUGGGACCAGGCAGGCUAAGAACAUCCUGGGGGAGCACUUGCACAUUGCGUCGGAGAGUCCAAGCAAUGAAAGGAAGUAUCUUGUCAAUCGUGUGUCCCAGCUGAGCUCUGAGCUGGAGGGGGCUCACAGGACCAUUGCUGCGCUGGAGAACAUUAACCUGCCGUGCCUAAUAAAGGAUUUACUGGAGAAGCACUUUGAGUCACCUGAUGCUGUUCAUAAGUUUCUGACACCUUCUGCUGCCAGCAGUCCGUCAGCACUCAAGCCCCUUCACGCUUCAAACUCGGAGGAGGCGGUGCACAACUGGUUAACAGAAUCCAAGACUGCCACAGCUUUUGUCCCCUUUAAACAGGAAGUACCCAAAACAGGAGUUAAAAUCUCCGUCCAAGACCCGUUUGAGUCCAGCAACAGCCUGCCUUUCUCAGUGGAGGACAUCAGCACUGCCAUUUAUCAGAAAAUGGUUGCCAACGCACCAACCUAUCAACAGCAGGCUUCUCUGGGUAUAAAACAAACUGGCAGCCCACUCAAGCCUCAGCAGCUCCACAGAACUGACCGCUUGGGUGAAAAGGAAGAGGUACUUGUGACACUUUUGGAGCAGGAUGCUACAGGUGUGACCUCCACGUCUGCCCAGCAGAUCCUCGAUGAGUUCAUGCAACAACUGCACACCCGCGAACGGGUGGGUGAAGGGAAGGCGCAGGAGUAGUUGGUGGUGGGAGUGGAACAAAGUGGGUCCAGACGACAAUGACAAAGCAAUACCAAAACGGGAUGAAUGCAACAUUCAUUUCAUUGAAGGAAACAAUGCAUUCGAGGGUUUGUGGUCAUGCAUCAUCCGUCGUAAAAAAAUAGGGCUCAUCGGUAUUGUAUUACUUCGAUGGUGUAUAAUGUGUUAGUGGUUAUAACAGAACUGAAUCAGGCAAUUAUACUCAAUUACCACCCUACACAGUGCGAUUCAUUUGUACCUCAAGCAACUUUUUUGUCAGUCCAUGAUAUUACUUAAAAAAAGAUUAUCUGCAAAUGAUCCAUUUUGUAAUUAGUGUAAUAUAUUUUUAUCUUCCAGCCAUCCAUUUUCUUACCCGCUUAUCCUCACAAGGGUCCUGGGGAGUGCUGGACCCUAUCCUAGCUUUCAAUGGGCAGGAGGCGGGUACACUCUGAACUGGUUGCCAGCCAAUCACAGGGCACAUCGAGACAGAGCCACACUCACAAUCACACCUAGGGGCAAUUUAGAGUGUCCAAUUCAAUGUUGCAUGUUUUGGGGAUCUGAGAGGAAACCGGAGUGCCUGGAGAAAACCCACACAGGCACGGGGAGAACAUGUAAACACACAGGCAGGUCUGUGAUUGAACCCGGGACCUCAGAACUGUGACACCAACAUUUAACCACCUUUCUUUUUCAGAAAAAAAAAAUCUAUUAAAAUUAUAUAGUUACAACUUAAUGCAGUCAUUUGUUUAGCGUUGUGAAAUAACACUUGAAAGUUGGUUAUGGAAUUUGAAAUGUAAUACUGAAUGUAAUUCAUCAUUUACGUCAAUUAUGUUAGGAAUAGUGAAGAAAAUGUUUUAAUUAAAAGGGAUGUUUGAAAUACUGUUUUUUGGGGGGGACAUCCACUAGGUUCAACGGAUUGGUUGGGGGAUUAAACAGUUCCAAUUAUUCAAACACCCAUGAAAACAACAGUGUGGCCUUACACAUUUUGUGGAAGGGUGGGGGUUGCAGUCCCAUAUUCUGGCAAGCUGUAAGAUUUUUAGGGAGGCUUCCACCCACCCCCAAAUAGGCCUAGCAACGCCACUGAUACGAACGAGUUAAAUGAGCUCUUAAAGAUUAACCCACUCUAGCCCAAAUUUGUACUUCUCAUUUUUGUAUGGCUGACAGGUGUGACUGAUGGUGUCAAUCAUUUCUUCUCCACUUUCAAGAAACUAAUAAGCUUAGUCGUGUACUAUUGUUAGGUCAUACAAAGUGAUUUGUUUUGACUUGAAAACUUUAUGCAAGAAUGUGUACAUACUAUGUGAUUUUUUUGUGUGGAAAAGGAAAAUAUUGCUUAAAUGUUAUUUGAAUUUGCACCCCCAAUCCUGAUUGUCAACAAUACGUAGUUUGCAUGUCAGCUCAACAUGUGCUAUUUCUGUUUUAAUCGUGAAACUAGUUUCAAUUAUGUCAUUGCUUAUUACGUCUGCACAACAUCGCAGUUCAGGACUCACAAAGAAUAGUCAAUUAAAAGCAUAAGGGUGUUCUCCAGGAUUUAAGUUUCCCUGUUUCAG